AGGGUGCUGGAAAGGUCUUGCCAGCAGUCGCACGCAGGCCUUCCAAGAAAACAUAUUGCCUGUUUUUUUCCCGAUUUUUGAGGGAGAUCACUACAGGGGGAAAAGUCGUGGUGUUUUAUCUCCGUUGUUAUUUAGCGAGUGGAUAAUGCUUGUAACAAGAGCAUUCAAGAGAGAUAUUUAGAUACGGAAUGUGAAUUUGCGGUUCUGCUAAACAGUUUGCCAGUGACUUUCAAGCUAGAAGGAUCUUUGUUUUAUCUCGUGUGAGGAAACCUUUUUAGCAGACAUGGAGCUACACGGCCCUCGUUUCUCCGACUUCAGCAUCCACUCCCUCAUGACCUGCCCGCACCCUAGCUGAGAUGGGCGAUCCUCCGGGCGCAGGGUGGCCCGGGCCGCCUGCACACGCCCUCCACCCGGGCUUACAUGACCCGUGGACGCUACCCCACCAUGCAUACGCCAGGAACAAUCCUAAUAUGGGGAUGGAUAGCUGGGGGCUCCGUCAGUCAGCGGUUGGGCCAAUUCAACCACAUCUGCAAGAUCAACAACCACAGCACCUGACACCGCAUUUGCAACACGUGCAAUAUCCUCACCCUUUCAAUACCCCGGUGAAACGUUCCUCCUCCCCCCAUGGCGGUAUGGCGCGCCCCCCCAGCCUUGAGAGCGGGUACGAUAGUUUCAACUCCCCGCAUCUCCCGGGCGCGACUCCGGCCCCCCGCAUACAUCCGCAGGGGGGCCAGACCUACGUGAAUUUUAGUCCAGUGACGCCCCUAGAAGCCAAUGGUCCUACAGGAGGCUACAGACAGGAGUGGGCGGCACCUGGGCACGAAAUCGUGGCCGGGGACAUACCCGAACACGAGUCACAGAUUCCUGAGGGAAGUUCGCAGGACGUCGUGGCUCCGUGUCCUACCGUGCAGGCGGAGAAGAAGGCGCUGGACGAGGCCCCGAAACCCGGUAGCAAGAGGCGCCGCGUGGAGGAGGACGCCGUUAUUCCCUGUGCAGUGUGUGGUGACAAGGCCUCGGGUGUACAUUACCGGGUCCAUGCUUGCGAAGGGUGUAAGGGUUUCUUCAGGCGUGUGACGUCACGGAACACCCGUUUGGUUUGCCCGAGGAACUACCAGUGUGAAGUGACUAGGGAGUCACGCACGCGUUGUCAGGCUUGUCGAUUCCAAGGCUGUCUUCGCGCAGGCAUGGCCAAAGAUGUGAACACGAUCCCGAAGCGUGGUCGAAAGCGUCCCAUCCCCGACGGGGGGGACCAGAGCAGCCCGAUCUCUCAGCCUAGCGACGACCUCAUUCACAACCUUACCAGUGCACACCACGCCACCUUCUCGCCCGCCUGUCACGCCCAACAGCUAACCGAGGCGAGUCUAUGGGCGGCCGAGGCAGACGUGGGCGUGGAAGGUCGUACGAGAGCGCAGCAGUUCGCCAUGAUGGUGCCGGGGAUCGCCAGCCUUUCCCCGGGCGACCAGCAGACAGUCCUCAACCAGGCUGUGCCAGAAGUUAUGAUUCUCAGGCUGGCUUCACGAUUCGUCCCCGAGCACAAGGGGUUCGCGGUUCCCGGAGGACUUCUGGUUCCACUGGCAGCAGUCGUAGAGGCGCUGGGGCGCUCGCUGGCCCAGAAACUGGUUCGAUUGGCCACGUUCCUUCUAUACAUGAGCAUUGAUGAUACUGAGCUGUCGCUGCUGUGUGGCAUAGUGACCACCCUCCCCGACCGUCUCCCUGGCGACUCCGAGGCCCUAGAGGCUUUAGAGGAGCAGCACGACGCCCACCUCCGCGCCUUGCAGGAAUACGAACUGGACAAGCGGCGCUCGAAGCCAAACGCCCUCGCAAAGAUCCUUCUGCGACUCCUUGACGUCCGCGCCAUCGCCUUGCGUGAGGCGGGCCGACUCAUCCUGACGUCGCGUCCUGAGCAGAUAGCAGGAACCGACGUUCCUGUUCAAGGCACUGGCUACAACCCCAGUCUGGCUGAGUACCUACCGGAUGACCAUCCCCAGGAGGCUGCGUACCUCGAGGAGCAGGUCACACACCCCCAUGGCUCUUACAUUCACCCGAAACUUGAGCCUAGUCAGAUGUACCAUGGUAUCCCCUUUGACCACCAGCACCAACAGAGUCGUCUUCAGCAUCAGCUUCAUCAACAUCAGCAGCCCGCACGCGCCCACGUCAUGAACCAUCAACAGCAGCAACAGCACCACCACCAUCAGCAUCACCAGCACCAACAGCAGCAGCAUUUGUAUUACCACAACCCUCAACAAGAUCGCCAAACGCAACACCAAGUGAUACUGGAUCGCGAAGAGCAACAGCGCAUCAUGAAGGCCCUGCAUGAGCGCCAGCAUGGCCUGCAUAUGUUGCCAGGACGCCAGGAAGAGAACCUAACACAGGAGUCGCGACAACAGCAGUGUCAGGACGAAGUGUUGACCCACGGGCGUCAACAACCGCAAGAUAUUCUUGAAGAGAACCAAGAUGAUUCUGAAGGUUGAUCAAAGAUCUCGCUUUUACGUCCAAAAUAUGUUACAGGUUUUGAAAGUUUACUAAUAUAGUUUUUUUUUUUUUUUUUUUAACUUAUAUACAUACUAUUCGUACUUGUUGGGUGUUCAUGUUAGGUGAGACGUUUUUUCAGCCACGGCCUCCGCAGUCCUAGUCAUCUCAAAGCUGGGGGAGGUUAAGUAGUUUAUUUCUUUGAUCUAUUGGAUUCUUUAUACUGCUGCCUCAGAUUUGAUGUUCUUCAAUGUAAUAACUGAGGCGGAAAUAUUUUAUAUGUAAAUAAAACCAAGCAAAAUACA